GCCCGCCCCCACCCCACCCCGCCCCGCGCCGCCUUCUGCAAGCAGCGGGGGACGCGGCGUUGGCUCCGACAGCGCCCCUCGAAAGCGCUCCCGCAGGGGGAGGCGGGGGCUGGGUCCUGGCUUCGGAGCCUGGCCGGCGACAUGGCCGAUUCCUGACGGGGGGCACCUGCCGCUGCGCGCCGGAGGAGGAGGACGCAUGGGGGGGCCCGUGCGCCGCGGGCCCCGGAGCAGUGCCAGAGCCAGGAGCCCCCCGCGGGGUCGGCCGCUCCGAGGCUGCCUGGGCGCCGCUCGGCGGGGGCUGCUCUGAGCCCCGCUGCGCCCCGAGGCCGGCCGGGCCGCGAGUGGCUGCGGCCGGAGGGGGAUGCCCGGACUUGCGCGUCUUUCCUGCGCUCGCCGCCUCCCAGCUCGCCGGGCUGCGCGGAGCGGCCGGGCCCGGGCAUCGACGCCCCGCUAGGGGCUCUCGGCGCAGCCGGCCCGGUGGCCGCGAAGGCGAGGCGCGCCGGGCGCAGAUGCGCUCCCCCGGGCACCCAUGAGCAGAGGGGCCAGCCUGCAGCGGAGAACCACCUACCUCAUCUCCCUGACCCUGGUCAAGCUCGAGUCCGUGCAGCCGCCGGAGGAGCAGGCCAAGGCGGGGGCGGGAGAUGGAGCCCCCCAGCCCGGCUCCAGCCCGGCCGCCCCCGGCCUCUCCGGGGUGACGGCGCGCCGGGAGGGCGAGGGGCCCCGGGCGGAGGAAAGCGCCAAGAGCAAGCGGCAGGAGCGGAGCUUCCACCGGCAGGAUGCGCUUUGGAUCAGCACCAGCAGCUCCGGCCCGGGGGACUAUUUCCUGCAGCUGUCGCCCAGCAGCCCCCGGACCCCGGUUCCCUCGCCCUCCCCUUCCCCGGAGAGCGCCGGCCGGCUGCUUGCGCUCUGGGCCGGCCCGGGGCUGCCCUCGCCCAGCGCCCCGGGCCCGGGUGCCCCGGCUGAAGACCCCAGAGCGCCGGAUCCCAAAGCGGAGGCUCCUCUGACCCUGACGCCACCGGCGGUGCCCCCCAAGCCGGGCACCGGUCUGCACCCAGCAGCCCCAGCUGUGCCCCCCAAGCCGGGCACCAGUCUGCACCCAGCAGCCCCAGCUGUGCCCCCCAAGCCGGGUACCGCUCUGCACGCAACAACCCCAGCUGUGCCCCCCAAGCCGGACACUGCACUGCACCCAGCUGUGCCCCCCAAGCCGGACACUGCAUUGCUCCCAGCUGUGCCCCCUAAGCCGGACACUGCACUGCACCCAGCUGUGCCCCCUAAGCCGGACACUGCACUGCACCCAGCUGUGCCCCCCAAGCCGGACACUGCAUUGCUCCCAGCGGUGCCCCCUAAGCCGGACACUGCACUGCACCCAGCUGUGCCCCCUAAGCCGGACACUGCACUGCACCCAGCCCUGCCCCCUAAACCGGACACUGCACUGCACCCAGCUGUGCCCCCUAAGCCGGACGCUGCACUGCACCCAGCUCUGCCCCCUAAGCCGGACGCUGCACUGCUCCCAGCUGCCCCGGUUGUGCCCCCAAAGCCAGAAGCCAUUGUGGCCCCAGCGACUCCGGGGGUGAAUGAGACCCUGGAGGUGCCAGGCGAGAGGAGCCAGACCUCCCGGGAAGAUCUGCCAGCCCUCACCACCAGCUGCUCCUCCAGUGCGGUGGCUCCAGACCGGAGGCUGCUGCUGAGCCAUGCCAGCUGGGGCUGCCCCGAAGGGCGGGCGCCCGGAGCACCCGAGGGCAGCGGUGGCGGGCGAGCCGGGGGCUCCUCGUUCUCCUCCCACCUGGGCCCUGGCGCCUCCUCGCCUCACCCAGCGGCCGGGAGCCGGCGCCUCCGGCUGGUCAGCAACAAGCCUUUCAAAACUGUGACCACCAGCGGCGUCAAGAUGGGCUCCGAGCCCAAGGCCAGCAAAAGCGCCCACAAGGGGGGCCCAGGCAACCGGCUGUCGUGGCCGGAGAGUGAGGCCAAGGGCCGCAUGAAAGGGGCCCCUAAGGGCGGCGGGGAGGCGGCCCCCCGGGCCACCGCCAGGGUGAAGCUGUCCCCGCGGAAAGGCAAGAGCAAGACCCUGGACAACAGCGACCUGCUCCUGGACUCUGAGGGCCCGGCGGCCUCGGGCUUCUGCCCCUCGGAGGCCGGCGUGGGGCUGAAGCGGGGCCGCGAGGGCGGCCGGGCCUCCACCCGGGACCGCAAGAUGCUCAAGUUCAUCAGCGGCAUCUUCACGAAGAGCCCGGCCUCCACCCCCACCCACCCCGGGCCCGGGUUGGGCCUGGGCAGCCGGGAACUGCUGAGCCCCGAGCGAGCCAAGGAGUCCUCGCCCAAGGCCAUAGCAAACAGCCAGGAAUGGACCCUCAGCCGCUCCAUCCCGGAGCUCAGACUGGGUGUCCUGGGCAGCAUGAAGAGCGGGAAGUCGGCCCUCGUCCAUCGCUUCCUCACCGGCUCCUACCUGGGCCUGGAGCCAGCCGAGAGUGGACAGUUCAAGAAGGAACUGGUGGUGGACGGGCAGAGUCACCUGUUACUGAUCCGAGAGGAAGGGGGUGCCCCGGAUGCCAAGUUCGCCAGCUGGGUGGAUGCCGUGGUCUUUGUGUUCAGCCUGGAGAACGAAGCCAGCUUCCAGGAGGUCUCGCAGCACUACAGCCUCCUGACCGGCUACCGCAGCCCCUCGGAGGUGGCCGUGGCCCUGGUGGGCACGCAGGACAAGAUCAGCUCCACCAACCCCCGGGUGAUCGAGGACCCGCAGGCCCGGGCGCUCUGCAGCGACAUGAGACGCUGUCUCUACUACGAGACCUGCGCCACCUACGGCCUCAACGUCGACCGGGUCUUCAGUGAGGUGGCCCAGAAGGUCGUCACUCUGAAGAAGCAGCAGCAGCUCCUGGCCUCCUGCAAGUCCCUGCCCAGCACCCCCAGCCACUCGGCCGCCUCCACCCCCGUGGGCGGGAUCCACCCUGGGCAGGCCAGUAAUGGAGGCCACACGAGCGAUUACUCCUCCUCCUUGCCGUCUACGCCCAACAUCAGCCACCGCGAGCUGCGGAGCGAAGGCUCGGUCGGGAUCGGCACCCCCAGCUCCCUGCACCGCGGGGCCAAGCGCCGCACCAGCCUCUUCACGAACCGCCGGGGGAGCGAUUCGGAGAAGAGGAGCCUGGAGAGCAGAGGGGACAGCACGGGCAGCGGCCGCGCCAUCCCAAUCAAACAGAGCUUCCUGCUGAAACGCAGCGGCAAUUCCCUCAACAAGGAGUGGAAGAAGAAAUACGUGACCCUGUCCAGCAACGGCCUCCUCUUCUACCACCCCAGCAUCAACGAUUACAUUCACAGCACCCACGGGAAGGGGAUGGACCUCCUGCGCACCACCGUCAAGGUGCCCGGCAAGCGCCCCCCCAGGGCCAUCUCCGCCUGCAGCCCCUCCUCCAGCAUCAACGGCCUGCUGCGGGACGUGAGCGGGGGGCCGGCGCCCGAGGGUGGCGCUAGCCUCUCCCCGGCGGCGCUGACCAUCCCGACAGAAAGAGCGGCCAAGGCCUCAGGGAAGACGGAUCGGCCGCUCCAGCGUUGCGCUUCGGCGGCCAGCACCAAGACCUCCAGCGGGGAGGGGUCCCUGGCCGGAGAAGGGGUGUCCAGCUCCAGCCCCAGCGGCAAAGACCCGCCUCCUUCGCCCAUGAUUGACAGGAAGAAGCACCGCCGGAAGAAGCUGAUGACCCCCUCAAAAACCGAGGGGUCAACGGGACAGGCGGAAGCCAAGCGCAAAAUGUGGAAAUUAAAAACCUUUGGUAGUUUAAGAAAUAUUUAUAAAACAGAGGAGGAGAACUUCGAGUUCAUCAUCGUGUCGAGCACGGGCCAGACGUGGCACUUCGAGGCCAGCAGCUUCGAGGAGAGGGACGCCUGGGUCCAGGCGAUCGAGAGCCAGAUCCUGGCCAGCUUGCAGUGCUGCGAGAGCAGCAAAAACAAGGCCCGGAUGGACAGCCAGAGCGAGGCGGUGGCCAUCCAGGCCAUCCGGAACGCCAGAGGCAAUUCCCUGUGUGUGGACUGCGGGGCACCAAACCCCACCUGGGCCAGCCUGAACCUGGGGGCGCUGAUCUGCAUCGAGUGCUCGGGCAUCCACCGGAACCUGGGCACCCACCUGUCGCGGGUGCGCUCGCUGGACCUCGACGACUGGCCCCUGGAGCUCACCCUGGUGCUGACGUCCAUUGGCAACGAGACCGCCAACAGCAUCUGGGAGAAGAACACCCAGGGACGCCGGAAGCCCACCUGCGAGUCGUCCCGGGAGGAGCGGGAGUCGUGGAUCCGGGCGAAGUACGAGCAGCGGGUGUUCCUGGCCCCGUUCCCGAGCCCCGAGAUCCCGCUGGGGCAGCAGCUGUUCCGGGCCGUGCAGGAGAAGGACCUGGGCACCCUGCUGCUGCUGCUGGCACACAGCACCAAGGAGCUGAUCAACACCUGCUCCGGGGACAAGGACCGGCGCACGGCCCUGCACUUGGCCUGCGACCUGCCCCAUGUGGUCAUCACCCAGCUGCUGGUCUGGUACGGCAUCGAAGUGAAGGCCCGCGACGCGCUGGGCCACACGGCCCUUUUCUACGCCAGGCGAGCCGGGAGCCAGGAGUGCGCCGAGAUCCUCCUGCAGCACGGCUGCCCCGGCGAGGGCCACGGCACCAUCGCCACGCCCAGCCUGCGCCGGAAAAGCAGCACCGCCAGCAUGGGACGGUGUGACACUCGGACCGCCCUGGUAUAGCCAGCCCAGCCCCGCCGGACUGCCCCGUGCAGGGCCUCGGGGCUCAGCCCAGAGCCGGGGGGAGACUGUCAAUGCCUGGGCCCCCUGCAGAGCCCUCCCCAGCAGGCUCCGGGCCUGCCUCCGGCCACCUGGACCGGGUGCGACGGAGCCCGAGCCCGACGCAGGGCUGGAGGGGAAGGACGCGGGGGUGGUCAGGGGACAACUUCAUCCCAUGCGGGCCGCACCUGCCGGACGCCGAAGGGACGUUCGGCCCAACGGACCCAGCUUUUCCAGGCACGGCGGGCGAGGUGGGUGCCCAGGUGAGGCCGCCCCUGGGUGCUGGCUGGGCAGGACGCUGGGCGUCCCCAUCCUCCAGGAUGGCCAGUGUCGGACAAUUUGUAUUUUUGAUGCUCUAUUUAUUACUCAGCCCCUGCUGGUGCGGCUCGUUAUGUCCCUGUCUCCCCCGACGGGAACAUGCAGGACAAAGAGAGACAGUUUUGUCAGAGCACAGGGCCGGGAGCCAGGACUCCUGGGUCCUGUUCCUGGCUCUGGGAGGGAAAUGGGGGUCUAGUGGUCAGAGCACAGGGAUGAGAGACAGGACUCCUGGGUACUGUUCCUGGCUUUGGGAGGGGAGUAGGGGUCUAGCGGUCAGAGCACAGGGAUGAGAGACAGGACUCCUGGGUACUGUUCCUGGCUCUGGGAAGGGAGUGGGGGUCUAGUGGUCAGAGCACAGGGCCGAGAGCCAGGACUCCUGGGUUCUGUUCCUGGCUCUGGGAAGGGAGUGGGGGUCUAGUGGUCAGAGCACAGGGCCGAGAGCCAGGACUCCUGGGUUCUGUUCUCAGCUCUGGCACUGACUUGCCCUGUGAUCCCCGCUGGCCGCACCCUCACGUCCUUCCCGUGGGGUUUAAGGACACGGCCGGGGUGGGGAGGGGGGUCGUUCGUUCCUGUCCGUAAUGAGCUUUGACGGUGAAACAUGUUCAGUGUCGUUCCAAGGUGUUUGGGUUCCCGGCCUGCGGCCUCUGCGCCUCCCAGCCCCCCCAGGGACAGACAGGGACCCGCAGCACGGGGAGAGGGCUGACUUACCGGGGGUGGGGGUGAUGGGCCAAGUGGGGCCUGCAGCUGCCUCUGAGCUGGUGAACCCCCCCCCAUCCAUCUGAUCCAGCUGCCAUAGCCCUGAACCUCCAAUCCCUGCGGCCCCCCCAUUAGUGCCCCUCCCAUUCCAUGAAGGCGGGGGAAGGGAAGCAGCUUGCCCUGUUCCCCUGCUCUCCGUCUCCACCAUGGAAACCAAUGGCGGUCGGGGGGGGGGGGGGGGGGCGGGGGGAGGGAACAGCUGUGCCCCCACCCCAUGCGGCUGGGGGCUCCCAACUGGGUGCACUGGCCCUGCGCAGACACCAGAGGGUGACAGUGUCCUUGCUACUAUUUGUGAGGCGAGCGACAGUGGAUGUCUCAGCCAGCCCCCUAGCGCCGGACUCCUGGGUUCCACUGGGGUUUCUGGGAGGAGAGUGGGGGCUUAUGGGUUAAAGUGGGGGGGCUGGGAGUCAGGAUCUCUGGGUUGUAUCAUGGCUCUGGGAGGGGAGUGAGGUCCAAUGAGUAGAGUGGGGGUGGGGUGUGGGGAGAGGGCUGGGAGCCAGGACUCCUGGGUUCUGUUGGGCGUGGGGUCUGGUGGGAUAGAGCCAGGCGGGGGCUGGGAGUCAGGAUGCCUGGGUUCUCGCUGCUGUAGAAAAGGUGGUUCCCUGGAUGGCUCAGGCAGAGAGGCGGGGAGGGUGGGAGCAGGUAUCUCCUCGCUGCUUACCAGCAGGGUCACCUCCCCCUCCCCACCCGAGGCAGAGGUGCCAACCCCCCCCUUGCCAGCCUACGCCCACUGAGCCAGGCUCCCAACCCAGCCAGAGGCGCUGGGCUGCCCCUUGCCCGCCCCUCCCAGUCAGCACCUCUCUGAAAAGCAGCACCCCCUUCCCAGGCCUGAGCGAGGGGGCCGCCUGGCACGGGGCAUUGUGGGCAUUGACACCCCCUUGGCUCACCCCUGCAGGAGCUGGCACAGCGCCUCCUUACAGCCAGAUCCAGCUUUCAACCCGUUCCUGUUGUGCAAAGCCCCCGCCCUGUCCCUUUCCCCACUGACUGGCCUUUCCAGCCUCCUCUCGGGACCCUGUUUUAAUUUAUUUGCUUCGCCAAGCAUUGAGGCUCGUGCCAGAAAUCGCCCUCCCGCUGUCUCUUCCCAGAGGCUGGGUUGGCAGCUCCCCCCAGCACAAUGUUUACAGGGCGCGUGUGACCCUUCGGUGUUUUGUGGCCCCCGGCCGAGGCCUCCGAAAGUGGCUGUUGUGAGUGACGUGGUUUCAGGCUUUAGCGCGAUACGCGAUCAGGGUAAUACCGACCCACCCCGCACACCAAUCGGCCAUCCCUGCAGCUGCCUGGGGCGCUGGCUGGCACGUUACCCCCCCAAUGCUGAGUUGAAAGCCGCUCCCGCCGGUCCUUGCUUUAAGUCCAAGCCUGGGCAGGGGUUGAUCCGGGGGGUCCAGGCCGAGUGGCUGGGCCCGACCUUGAGCUUAGUGGCCCGAGAGCUCCAUGGCUCUCUGUGGGGCCCGCAGCCGGCCCUCAGCUCCCCCCGCCCCGGCCCCGUUCUUCCAAACCAGCUGGGUGGCUCAGUUCAUGAAUGUAUCGGCUACCGUGUUGCACAAAGAAAGCCUUGCCCUCCCUCUCUGUGGCGGCCCCGGGACGCCAGAAGCAGGCCAGAGCCAGGCCUAGGGGGCAGGGGCGCUGCCCCGUCCCUCCAACCGCCAGUGCUGCCGUGGGCUCCAGAGGACGGGGCCACCGGUCUGAACCGGGGGGGGGACGGUGCAUAACUGACUGGCCUGCGUGACAACGCAAGUGCGCUACCCCUCGGCAGCGAAGGGGGGUCUGGGAGGCUGGGGGAGGAAGCAGCCUUCUGCAGGGGCCACGCCGGCCGCGGGCGUGGCUGGAUCGUAGCGGGGGGGCGUGUGUAUGUGGGGGUGGGGGUGCGGGCAUGGCCAGCCAGCACUGACACCCGUGGCUGUGUACAGUGUUUUAAUCUCUUGGAUUGUAACUGUAAGUACGUAACAAUGUCAGAUUUAGAGCUGUA